CUUACGGUCAAUUAUCUUUGGUCCACUUGAUGACGGGGCACGCUUAAGUGCUCUUCCAGAGAUACUUAGAAAGGAGUAGGAUACUCUACUGAAGCAACUGGUCCUCCCUUGAGAUGCGGCUUUCGACCGAGGUCACUACGGUAGCUCGAGUAAAUAAAGAACGGUUGUCUUACGUGGGCACAGGUUGAGGGCUUGUUCUAACUUUAAAUUGUAAAAGGAAUGGCUAGUUAUUUUAGUAGCAACCGACUGGGUUAUAACGUUAGCUAUCUAAGUGUGUGUGUUGCUGUAGCUACCAUUAGCUAACUGGUGAGAGUGAUCUGCUGUGUUAACUUCAUGCUGCUUGUGUGAUAAGUAUCACCCCAUUACAUCUCAACCUCCUGCAUGACGCCCCCAUAAUCAUCUGGCCCUCUGUCCAACUGCAUGUGUCCUUGCCUGAACUGAGUGGUCCUCCACUAAACUGCAUGCGCUCUCUCUCCCCUGAACUGAACUGAGUGGGUCUCCCCUCGGUGCGCCUGCUUUUCUGUGAGUGCUUCACUGACCAUGGGGAAGGACAGGGGGGGUAAUGCUAUGGUUCUGUCGUCGAAGAGGCCGUGCCACGGGUGGGGGGACCACGGUCGCGACCUGGAAAAGCUGCGUUCGGCCCUGGAGGCAGAGAAGUGCCGUAACCAUCAGACUCACCAGAGGUUCUCUCUGGAGCUGCGUCGGCUCCGCGAGGAGGCUGAGAGGGAGCAUCAGCGGGCCCUGUGGGAGCUGACGGCCAGGCACGAGCGACAGAAGGCCCUGGAACUCCAGCGGCUACAGGAGGUGCUGAGGAGGGAGCAGGCAGCUGAGGUGAGACACCUGCUGAGAUACAAAGGACAGGAGUUAAAGGCGGUAGGCACCGGGCUGGAGAGGGAAGCUGCUAUCAGGCAGGCCAGGGAACUGCAGCACCGGCUGGCUGAGGAGGCCAACACAACCAUCACCAAGUCUGUGUGGAAGAGCAGGGGGGAGAAAAUAGACAGAGAGCCUGGUUGUGUCUGCAGCGGUGCCAGCUACCGUAAGCUGGAGCAGCUGCUGGUGAAGCUGCAGGUUACAGAUAGAGAUGGAGAGCAGGCUGUGUUCCUCCAGCAUCUCAGACAGGAGCUGGACCUGGAGAAGGACCUCUGCCACCUGCUUGAAGUCCACGGACAUGGACGACGACUAGGGACCAGGGAGGUGAAGGAAAGGAACCAGACCUCCUCCAGGGCUCUCAAAACCAGGCACAGAUCUAAGAGCUGUGUCCAUCUCCUCAGCAGCACCACCCAGGACCAGGAAGACCACUCCCAUCGCAGUGGGCCUCCACCACUGGCCCGCUCCAGGUCCCUUUCCCAGAGUUCCAAGAGUCCCUCAUCCCCUCCACCCAAGAAGAGAACCAGGAGCGAGCAUAUGAACGUGGCUUCAGGAAGGAACCUCAGUGCAGCUGCCCGCUGCUCCUCUCCCCUGGCUGGGGACACCUAUCGACGCACCAGACCCCCUCUGACCACAUCCUCACCCCAUGCAGGCUGGGACCUCCAGUCUAAGUCGCCUGGGUCAGACAAGUCCUCGCCCUCCAAAUACUCUGACAAAGACAACAUGGAGGACAACAUGGAGAAUGGCACUGACUAUGGGUUCUUGGUGCGUCAGAACUCUGAGCUGCUGCAAGCUCUGGAUGUGUUGGAGAAGACCUGCACCAACCUGAGAGAGGAGAACGGCCUGCUGAGGAAGAGCAGUGUCCCAGAGACUGAGGAGAAGGUGAGGCGUCUGAGGAGGAAGAACACAGAGCUGGCUGUCAUCGCUAAGAGACUGGAGGACAGGGCACGCAAACUACAGGAGGCCAACCUCAAAGUGGUGAACGCCCCAGCUCCGGUGCGGCCAGGGGCGGUGGAGCAGUACAAGAGGGCGUUUGCCCGUCAGAGAGCCCGUGACCUGGCACAGCAUGCAGAUACAUUGCUCUACAAGGACAAGGAGAUUGCCGCCCUGCAGCAGGAGUGUAGGCAGCUGGAGACCCGUCUGGGCACAGCCAAGGGCUGCCCUGUCCCGUCGGGCGUGGUGGAGUUUGAGAGGCUGCUGAGGGAGUCCCAGAAGGAGGUGCUGAGGCUCCAGAGGCAACUGUCAGUCUCCUCCUCCAGAGUCACCUCUAAGGAGACCUUCUCUAAAGGAACCUCCUGCAGGGAGCACAACGGCCACGACAGGCCCUGCACACCUGAGGAGAAGAGGAAAGAGAAUGUUGCAGCAGAGACCCCGUGUGUGGCGUUAGAUGAGGCUCCAUCCAGGUGUGAGGAGACUCCCAGAGAGGAGGAGGAGUCAGGGCCGCGAGUGACCCCACCCCCAUUGGGCCUCUGCCCCACCCCCACCCCUAGCCUCUCCCACCAGGAGGAGCACACAGAGGAGCAGCGACUACAGUUGCUGGAACAGGAGCUGAGUAAGAAGAGAAAAGAAUGUGAAAACCUUGAGCAUGAAGUAAGGAAGAGACAGAAGAAAUGUCUAGAUUUGGAGAGCCUGCUUGAGGAUGAGCGGGGCAAAAAUGAACAACUAGAGGAGGAGGCGGAUCUCCUCAGGAGGAAGGCACAGCUGCUCGACCAGGCCCGGGUUGAGAAUGAGGAGCUGAGGGAAGACCUCUCUGAAGUGACCGCUCAACGUGAUUCAGUUCUCGAGGAGAACCAGAGACUCCGUGCCAAACUGGAGAACCUAGAGCAGGUCCUAAAGCAUAUGCGAGAGGUCGCCGAGCGAAGGCAGCAGCUGGAACUAGAACAUGAGCAGGCACUGGCUAUCCUCAAGUUUAAACAGGAUGAGAUCAAACGGCUACAGCGGGCUGAGUUUUUUGCCAAGAGGGAGCAUGAGGGGGUGGUACAGUUGCUGGAGGACUUGAUCCAGCUUGUGUUGCAGAGGGAGCUGUCUAAGGUACGCGAGUUGGAGGAUAAAUGUCGCAGCCAGAGUGAACAGUUCGGCCUGCUCAGCCAUGAGCUGGAGACCUUCCGACUGCAGGCCGGCAAACUGGAUCUGGCCGGCUCCGCACUCCUCACUAACCGUGCCUUCUGCCAUCUGACCAACGGUGUGGGCCUCGCUGGAGAUGUGGCGGCAACUCUCCAGAUGGGGGCCACCCCUCACGCUGCGGGUCUCACACGCUCCCCCACCACCAAGCACCGUGAGCUGCCCACCAUCAGCCUGACCAAGUCCUCCAGCUCCCCCAAGUCUGUUUCUGACACCACCCACCUCUCCCCAAAGUCGGCCGAGUCCCACCACAGCCCCCAUCACAGCCCACGCAGGACCAGCCCCACGCCACACGAGGUUGACACGGCCAGUGAAGUGGAGGAGUUGGACAUUGAUGUGUCCCCAGCACCUUACACCGCUCUCAGAGGAGCUGCCAAGCUACAGGUCUUCAUCGGCAGAUACAGCUAUAACCCCUAUGAUGGUCCAAAUGAUAACCCAGAGGUGGAGCUGCCACUCACCGCUGGGGAGUACAUCUAUGUUUAUGGCGGUAUGGAUGACGACGGCUUCUAUGAAGGUGAGCUGAUGGACGGGCGGAGAGGGCUGGUCCCCUCCAACUUUGUGGAGCGCGUCUCAGAUGACGACAUGAUGAGUGCCCACGUUCCAGAGGGCACAGACAUAUCCCACAACUCCUUGCUGGACAGCAGCCUGCACAGUGCCAGCCACCAGCACCACCUCCGCCUGGGGGGCCCAGGUACCUCUGAGAGGACCGACCCUACGUUUUCAGCCUCCAACCCAGGUCCCCUAUCCGUCUCUUUCCCUUCAGGGGAGCAGGUCUUGGACCCCUCCCUCCGACCCCUCUCCCCAGCCCCCCUCACCAACGGCCUGGACCUAGACCUAGAGGUGGGGGUGGACACUGUGCCUUACCCGCGCAAGCUCACCCUCAUCAAGCAGCUGGCCAAGAGCAUCAUCAUUGGCUGGGAUGGGCCGCUGGUGCCAGCGGGCUGGGGCAAUGUGUGGAGCUACAAUGUGUACGUGGACCAGGAGCUGAGGCUCAACGUGCCCUUUGGCUCCCAGACUAAAGCUGUCCUAGAGAGACUAGACGUCAAUCUCAAGGCUUAUCGAGUGUCUGUGCAGAGCCUGACUGAGCGCGGCAGCUCGGACCAGCUCCGUUGCUCCAUGCUGGUGGGCAGGGACGUAUGUGUGGCGCCCACCCAGCUCAGAGUCGACCGGGUCACCGCCACCUCGGCCAGCCUGUCGUGGCUGCCCAGCAACAGUAACUAUGUGCACAUUGUGUCCUUGAAUGAGGAGGAGAUGGAGCUGGUGAAGGCUGGCAGCUACUCGCUGUGCCUCAGUAACCUUACGCCCAGCCUGCACUACACGGUCAAGGUGGAGGCUCGGCCACACCAAACCCCCUGGGAGCUUCCCCAGGAGAGGCGGGAACACAAGACCGCCACCACUACCUUUACCAUGCUGGCCGCAGGCCCCCCAGAUGCUCCUCUAGAUGUGCAGCUGGAGCAGGGGCCCUCCCCGGGAAUCGCCCUUAUCAGCUGGCUGCCUGUCACCAUCGAUGCGGCUGGGACCUCCAACGGAGUCCGCGUCACCGGAUACACCAUCUACGCUGACAAGAAAAAGGUGUUGGAGGUGUCAUCCCCCACGGCAGGCAGUGCCCUAAUGGGCCCGUCUCAAAUCCAGUCCCUUAUGAUGGCCCACCAACUCACCGUGCGCACCAUGUCCGCCCACGGGGAGUCCACCGACUCUGUGCCAGUCAACGUGCCCGCCAAGCUAGCCGCCAUUAUGACGGACCAGGCCUCGGCUACCUCCGCUCCUUGCUCCUCCAAACCCCCCGUUCAUCAGUCACCACCCUACCAGUCACCCCACUUCCUGUCUUCAUCACCACCCGUACAGCCCCAAUCCCCAUCCUAUGGGAACUUAGCUGCCAAAGUCUCCACGCUACCCUACGCCACGGCCUCACCGCCGCUAGACGCACACGCCAUGGUCCCUAAUGGGGGGCUGCCCUCUGCCAACUCUCCCCCAGUCCACACCCUCCACCUAGAGGCCUCCUCCCCGCUCCCUGCCUCGUACGCAGAGGCCUGGGCCAACCCCUUAGCCAAGUCUCCUGCUUCCCCUCGGGAUGCCUUGGCAGUGCAUGAGGCCACCAUGUCACCUCCAGUAGCACCAAACUAUCAGGCGAAGUUGCCAUCAGUACCAUCAGCCUAUGAGGCUAUGAUGUCACCACCAAUACAACCAGCCUAUCAGGCCAUGCUACCACCAGCCUCUCACAUCAACACAACGGUCAAUGCAGCCUUGCCCCCCAACCAGAGUCCAGUCCCAGGCCUAGUCCCAGCAGCAGCCAUGGAGCAGAGCAGAGCAGUCACAGAAAUCCCCGGAGCUCCGCGUCCCGUCAUGUCCAUCACAGACUUUCUCCCCACGGAGGACUACUCCCGUGCAAACCUUUCAACCCCUGAGCCCUGCCCCACCCCACCCCAGGACAGACACUCUCUCCAGCCCCCCAAAGCCCCCUCUCCCCUGGAGUCAGAACCAGACUACUCCAUGGAGAGGUCGACCACACGCCUGGUGUCCAUGGAGGAGUUCCUCAGGCAGGAGAAGGACCCAGGCUUCAGCAGGCAGCCACAGGGUUAUGCUGUUGGCCUGGUGGAGCCUCUGUACGGUGCAACAGAGAACAGUAGGGGCUCGGAUCUAUCUGAUAUCCUGGAGGAAGAGGAGGAGGACAUGUACUCAGACCCCCCUGGACCCACCCUGGCCCGGGGGUACACCACAGGAGCCGACAGGCCAGACCAGUGGGAGGUGCCGGACAGCGACGAAGAGAUUCUGGAGAGUAUUCUGAAGCUUCCUCCACAGGCCCAGGCUCAGGCCUACCACUACCAUCACGGUCAUCAUCACCUCAACAAGCACCUGUUCAGCAUCCCAGAGGUCACUGAUGAAGAGGACAACAGUGUGGACGAGGACUAUAAUAACCGUCGCCACCGAAGACAGUCCCAAGCCAGGCCCAGCCGCACACACCUCCACCCCGAUGACCCCCACUACCACAGAACCCGAGACCAACCCCAGCCCCACCACCACCACCACCACCACAGCAGCAGAGCUGAAGCCAAAGAGCCUUUACCCAGACACAGUGGUGGUGCUGUCAGGGCUCGGCCCCAGCACAGGGUCCACUACGCAGACACAGUAGACAGCAUCAGCUACCCUGAGGAGGGGGAGCUGGUCCUCGGGCCCAGUAAGGAGAUGUGGGUGCGUCAGGCCCCCCAGAAGGCCCACCACGGUGGGGGAAGGAAUGGAAUGGGGACGGUUUCCCUGGUAGGCGGGCUAGGGGACAGGCUCAGAAGAGAAGCCUUGCUACGGAGUCAGAUGGCGGUCGCUGCGUUAACGUCCCAGGCCACCGGCCACGCACCAUGCUCCUACCUAGUCAGCAAGACCGUUCGGACGGUCAAGUCCCCUGUGGGCUCGGUAGCAGAGAUCGACAUUGAGUAUGGGACUGACGAGGAGGAUCCAUUGACCUAUGACCGCGGGGAACGAGGGGAGGUGGUGGUGGAGCAGAUGAGUUCUGAGUGGUGGGUAGAGGGGUCACAGCCUGACCCCCUCACUCUGGCCCUGCGCCGGGGAAAACCUGCCCUCCAGGCCAUUGCAGCUGCUGCAGCAGAAUGGGAGCCUGGCAGAGACCCUUCGAUGGAGGCUAGUGCCGGGUGGAGCGGACAGGCUGAGCUCUCUCCUAAGCUGACCAGGGCAGAGGCCAGGCAGGAGCUCAAUGAGAGCAUGGAGCCUGCGCGGCCUAUAGGAGACAAUGAGGUGCGUAUCUUUGUGGCGCUGUUCCCCUACGACCCAGUUAACAUGUCUCCGAACCCUGAUGCCGCUGAGGAGGAACUGCCCUUCAGAGAGGGACAGAUCAUCAAGAUCUACGGAGAUAAAGACUCGGACGGGUUCUACCGCGGUGAAUUGAACGGUCGUCAUGGUUACGUACCGUGUAACAUGGUGUCUGAGAUUCAGGUGGAGGAUGAGGAGACCAGAGAGACACUCCUGCAGCAGGGCUUCCUGUCUACCCACGCAAACAUGGAGAAGAUAGGCACUCGCUCACAUGCACAGCUUCCGCGUCGGCCUGUCCCACCGCCGAAACCGAGACGAUCCAAGAAAGUUGAGUCUACUGCAAUGUGGGAGGAUAGCUUAGAAUCCUCCAGUCAAGAUCCCAGCCAGUCUGGUGUUGCCAUGGCGAACCCAGCAGGUCCCAUUCCUCGCAGGAUGAAGGCCAUCUUUGACUACGACCCUCGAGAGAGUUCUCCCAACGCUGACAUUGAGGCUGAGCUGACCUUCAGUGCCGGGGACGUCAUUUAUGUGUUUGGUGACAUGGACGAUGACGGCUUCUUCUAUGGCGACCUGAACGGACACAAAGGCCUGGUCCCAUCUAACUUCCUGCAGGCUAUCCCAGAGGCUCCUCGGAAAGCCCCACCACCUGACCCUCAGCCUCCACCUCUAGCAGAGCCCAGGAAAGAAUUACAGGUGAGCCCGAACACCUCCAUGGAGCAGACAACACCAGAGGAGGUUCCACAUUCACCCCUACAGACAGGGGUGACUGGCCCAGUCUACACACACCUCCACUACCUAGACCUGAAUCCAUCUGCAGCAGCAGCCAUGAUAGACCCCUCCUCCAUGGACCCUGGCCCAGGCGCAUACUACCCCAACCCAGCCCCAAGACAAGCCGCCCCCAGAAUCAGCACCUCUCCACCCCACGUUCCACCAGAAAACCCCUCACAAACAGACCAGACGGAUGUCUCCCCACCAGGCAAGAAAAAGAAAGGCUUCUUCUCCAAAGGGAAGAAGCUUUUCAAAAAGCUUGGAUCCAGCAAGAAGGAUUGAAACUUGGGACAUUUACCCCUCCCCCCUUAUUGAAAGCACUUUUACAUGUUUGUUAUCAGUCUUCGUUGUCUUAGUCUUUGUUAAUUUAGUUGGAGUGUUCUGUAACUACAGAUACACUAACUUGUCCUUGGCCGAUAUUAUACAGCUAAAUAUACAGCUUCAAUGGGCUUUCUUGAUAAUACUACUAAACCAGCUAUCAAUAGCGAUCAAUAGCAAUGGAUUUUUGUUUAAGGCACUAACUCCACUAUGGUGCGUAGGACAAAGCCUAUGAAGAGAUUAUUGUUUUUAAAUGACAUUUUUGUAGGGUUUUAGGAUAAAUGUCGAAAAUAGGAUCUGUGGUAAACACAGGCUUAGGAGAUCUAAUACGUUUUUUAUGAGAUGAUCUUCAUCAGCUAACGUCACUUUUUAAGAACUUUGAAGCAUUUAUGUUAGGAAAAAAAGCACAUAAAGGCUUCAUAAUUCAUAAAGGUUAUGUUAACUGACUGAUAUUAACUCAUAGAACAGAAAGUAUAAGAUCUCCUAAGCUUGUGUUAACCUCAGACCUUAUUUUCGGCGUUUAUGUAUCCCAAAACCCUGUUCUUUCCCCAUUCAUUUUCCGCAUAGGAAUGGUUGAACAAACCAAAGGUAACUAAUUUCCGUUUUUUUACGACUACAAGCUGGCGAGCUCUAUAUGUGGAGAAUAUUUUGUCUGUAUCCGAAAUGGCACCCUAUUCCCUUUAUUGUGCACUACUUUGGGAAUAGGGUGCCAUUUCAAACGCAGAGAUUGUCAUAUAUAAAACAUGGCAGCAUCACUGACAGCAUGCUAAUGAGCAUGUUGAACUAUUUAAACUCCUAACCUGUGCUGUGCUUACAGGCUGCCUCUAAAUACCCACCAAUUACCUAAUACGUGUUAACCAUUAGUAGUCCACUCCACUCUGUGAGGGUUUGUACUUGAUGUUAAUCUGGAAGUAAUCUCUGGAAGGAUUGGAUUUGCUUUGAGUUGAUCAGAUACAGAUGCAGAGGUGACGUUCAAAUGCUGCUCUAGACUCUAGACUCCCCAUCGUUAGCUUUUCUAUGGUCCAACUCUAUCCGUGGUCCAACUCUGUCUGUGGUCCAACUCUGUCCGUGGUCCAACUCUGUCAGUUAAACUGAGGAUGGAAGAGAGCAUCUCUUUAUCUGUUGGCUGUUGUUUCUCAUCCGUCACUUUUCAGAUCGAUCUGGAAUCUAUUCUACAUAGAUGUAUUUUAAACAUCAGUUUGGUCAGUGAGUCCCUCUCUGUCUCAUAUCAAAAGUAUUGUAACUAACUAGGAUUCUUUUUAACGCUAAUUGUACACUUUCACUCAUUAUGAGCUCACUACAGUAUAGCUGAAUGGAAGUUGUCCCUUUAACAACAACUCCGUCCAUUUCAUUACGAUUGACAACCAUAAAGUAAUUUAUUUUAGAUCUUUGUGUUGAAGUUGAGUAUGUUUGGUAAAUUGUGUUUUUAGUGUGAGGAACGAUGGGUCUUAUGGCCUCCUGAAGUGUGUAGACAAAGCGAGACUGACGGUGGCGAGACUGAAACCUAUCUAUGCCUUUCUGUCUAAUGUUGGCGCACAGACCUCAUACUCAUGACGUGUGUGUGUGUGUGUGUGUGUGUGUGUGUGUGUGUGUGUGUGUGUGUGUGUGUGUGUGUGUGUGUGUGUGUGUGUGUGUGUGUGUGUGUGUGUGUGUGCAUGUCUGGGCGUGUAUGGGGUAAUUUCCUGUCACUGUACUGUCAUAGUAUAGUGUCUUAGUCCAGGGUCUGUCUUGAGUCUGUCCUUAUUCUUUCGAUUUAGAUGUUUAUUUUCCUCCAUUUUAGGAGUGUUGUAAGGACAAUGAACACUAAAACAUUUGGAAGUGUUUAUUUUAUUCUACCAUGGUUAACAACCCGACUCAUGCACUGUAACUGCAUUGUUUGAUCCAGCUGCUCCAUCCAGUAUAAUAUGCAGUAAUAGUUUUCUGAAGGUGUCCAAAUGACAGGCGAAGUUAGUAAAUGUAAUAAGUUGGUUUUAUUUGUUUGUUGGGUUGAAUACAGGGCUGGUGUUAAAUGUUAAUAAUUUCUCAGGUUCAACUAGUUUUAGUCACUCAGCUCUGCUCGGUUGAGCCACCUCGGCUCACUAAAAUGUGUCUGUUGAACCGUAGAGGGAGAUUCUUGCCAAAACAUUAGGUGCUUUAUCCGUUACUAUAACGAGUAGAUACCAAGCAUGAAACACCAGGGGUGUGUUCAUUGGGGUGAAAUAGCUAGAAAUAUACCGCAUAGAACAGAUGUAUGUUAUACCUAAUAACAGCCUAUGUGAGGCAUGUCUGUUCUAUAGGCCACAGUUUUAUCUGCAACAUUCUGAACAUUGCUUGGCGACACCUGACUCCAGACGUUGGAGGAGGCAAAUCUGGUUUCUUUGAUGUUAUGAAUGUUUUGAGUUUUAUUUAUUUAUAAUUUUAAUUGUAUAGUUCUAUCAGUGUUACAAAUUAAAAGGGACAAUAACGAAUAGCAGAAAAUGAGGAAACAUCGGUUGCGCCACUUUUAAGCUGGCCUUGAAUAAUCCUGGUAAGAAAGCAGAGAUGAUAAGGUGUCAGUACUGUACUGUACAUGUCGGGUUGUACUUUAAAGUGGCUGAACAUUUACAGUGGAUAUUUGUAUUCCUUCACAGCCUUUAAUGGACCAAUGUUCCCCUACCUACCUGCUCUAAUCUGUAGUCAGAAAGCAAGUAGCAUUCAUUGUUAUUGCAAGCUUUAGGAGCGUACUACUACUGCCCAUGUCUCCACAUAGGCUACAUCUACCCUGCUCUGCUAUCUAAAUAGGACCUUAACCCUUAGCAAGCAUUUUGAUAUAGUUGAUAUAAUAUUUAGCCUUACAAGACCUGUUUAGUCUUAAUAUGUUGUUUACACUACUUUAUUGAUUGCAUGCAUAAUAAUGAUGUUAUACCCAUAUUUGGCCUUAUUUAUUAUUGUCAUAUUUCUGUAUAGGUCUAACGUUACUUGGCGUUAUGUUUGCAAUAUUUUAGUCAUCUGAUUGAUUAUUGAUGCAGUGGAAGCCAAGUGUGGAGUAUUAUGGAAUUUCAGGAGUCUAUGUGUGUAUGUGUAUUAUAAUUUACAGCUAGCUGUAUGUUACUGUAAGUGAGGCACUAUGGGGCUUUGGACUAUAAGGUAUGAUCAUAUUUUCAAACAGAGAAUGGAACUUUUUUUGUCUUUCCUGACCUGUAUGUAUGCUUUCUUUUGAAAACAAGGGGAAGAUUUACCUUUUGUAUCUUAAGGUUUGUAUUACCCAUUUUGGAAAAGCUCACCUGUAAAUAUGUUUUUGUUUUGAUUUUGUUAAUAAUGUUUUUCAGAUGUCUUUUUGCAUGUGGAGGCAGUGUUGUUGAUUGAGGAACAAUAACUCAGAAGUAGUGCACAGAGGACUUGUUGACUUGAAAUGGUGGCGAUUUCUUUCAAUAUGGAUCUUUUUACAGGAAUAAAGUAUAUUUUCACAUAAAAA